AUGGCCUCUAUUCGCGUUCUUUCCUUCGAUGCUGAGGGCCGUCCCGUGCAGUUCACUUCCUGGCUCGACGACCUGCAGUUGUAUCUUAUGAGCAAUAGCACGGACCACAUCUCCCUCUAUGACUACGCGUCUGGUGCUGCCGCUGCUCCUGCUGCCACAGCCGAGCUUAGUGUACGUUCACAGUGGCAGACUCGUGACGCUGCAGCUCGCCUGGCUAUUCGCAGUCACCUGCCGUUCCCUGAGCUAGAGCACUUUGGCGACUGCAAAACCGCUAAAGCCCUAUACGACGCUGUCGUUGCUCGCUACUCCUCACCUGCCACAGCCGAGCUUAGCCGUCUCAUGCUGCCUUACCUGUUCCCUGACCUGUCCACCUUUGCUACAGUCGCCGAUCUUAUCACCCACCUUCGCACUAGUGAUGCUCGCCUGCGUGCCGCCCUUCCCACCGAGUUCUGCGCUAAGAACCCCCCUCCCCUGUACUGGGCACUCCACUUCAUAGUCACCCGUCUCCCUGACACCCUCAGCUCAGUGCGCGACUAUUUCCUUGCUCGCUGUCCCACUGAGCUCACUGUCGCCCUCCUAGAGGAGAAGCUGCUAGCAGCCGAGAAGAGCAUUGUAGCUGUAGGUGCUGCUCGCGGCGCUCCUCGCACCCCCAUCUUUGAGGGAUGCUCUCCCUCUCCCCUCGCUCCCUCCUAUGCUACUGCUGCUGCUGUUGACUUCCUUGGUGCUGAGACUGCUGGCGCUGCUUCUGCUCCUGGUGGGAGGCGCCGCACCGGCAAGGGCAAGGGGGGCAAGGGUGGCGGGGGUGGCGCUGGGGGGGGAGGGGGUGGGGGAGGUGGGGGGGGAGGCGGUGCUGGAGGGAGCGGUGGCGGGAGUGCCGGUGGGAGUGGGGCCGGCGGCGGAGGCGGGGGCGGCGGCGGGAGCAGUGGCGGUGGUGGCAGCGGCGGCAGUGGCGGCGGUGGCGGUAGUGGCGGUGGCGGUGGCGGUGGUGGCGGUCGGAGCGGAGGUAGUGGCGGCGGUGGAGGUCGGAGUGGAGGCACCGGCUCGGGCCAGAGCUCCCAGCAGCAGCAGCGUCCCCAGUCGACCCAGCAGCUUCGUGAGUGGCUUGCUCAGCGUGGGACGUCGGGGGGCAGUGGCCGCUGUUCCUAUGUCAUUCGCACAGGUGAUCGCAAGGGGCAGACGUGUGGAAAGUUCCACACUCAGUACCGCUGCUUCUUCCGCCUUGACGACGCUUGGCGUGAGGAGAUGGGUGAGGAUGUUGAGCGCCCUCGCUGGGCUGAGCUGAUGAGGGCUGGGGUUGAUAUCUUUGCUCUUGACUAUGAUGCUAUUAUUGCUGCCAUGUAUGCAUUGACUGUUAGUGCCGAGGGGACUGUUACUUGUGUGUGCCGCCUGACCCAGGUAUAG